AUGGAAGACCCUGUCACUCUGCUCUCGAAGCUAACUGUGCAGGAGAAGGCCGACCUCUGCAGUGGUGCUGAUAUGUGGCAUACUCAUGCAGUGAACCGUCUCGGUGUACCACAGCUUUAUUUAACAAAUGGUCCAAACGGACUGCAAUUGUUUUUGGGGGAAGAGAAGGACACUGUGGAUAUUGCGUCUCUGUCGACAACAUGCUUCCCGACCGCUGUUUGUAUGGCGUCCACAUGGAACCGUGAACUAAUACAUAAGGUGGGUUCUGCUCUGGCAGAG